AUGAGUAUACAGCUAAGAGACGGCUUAGCCAACGAGCCCGUCGAUCACAUUCUUGAAGAUCUCCUUGUGAGAUUCGUUAUCAAUUGCCCUGACGAGGAUUUGUCCUCCAUUGAACGAGUGUUUUUCCAGGUGGAAGAAGCACAAUGGUUUUACACUGAUUUCAUUAGACAGCUCAACCCACUGUUUCCUGGCAUGAAAAUGAAGUCAUUUGCUCCUCGUUUGUUAAGCAAAUGUCCCCUUCUCUGGAAAUGGGGUGACCCUGCUGAUGCUUUAUCCCGGUUUGGAAUGUACAAGCGUACCAUCCCUGUAAGGGGAAUUGCCUUGCUCAACAAGGAAAUGACCAAAGUGGUGUUAGUGCAGGGCACGGAGUCAUCGCUGUGGUCGUUUCCGCGAGGAAAAAUCUCCAAGGACGAAGAUGAUUUGGUGUGUGCGGUGCGAGAAGUCAAGGAAGAGACUGGCUUUGACGCUAAAGACUACGUCAACGAGAAAGAUGUGGUUGAGAGAACCGUGUACGGCAAAAACUUCAAGAUUUACUUGGCUAGAAAUGUUCCCGAGGACUACAUGUUCGAGCCCGAGGUGCGGAACGAAAUUGCCCUGAUUCAAUGGCAUGACAUCAAGGCUCUUCAAAAGAGGGUCAAGCAAUCUCCAAACAAGUACUUUAUCGUGGCACCCUUCUUGAAGCCAUUGACAAGGUGGAUCAACAAGAACAAGGGUGUGGUGAGCGAAGAGGAAUUGAUGAGAGUGGCUGAGGUAAAGUUGAAGGCAUUGAUGGGUAUUCUGACAGUUGCUCCUUCGGAUUCCGCCGACGCAGGCAGAGAAUUGCUCGAUAUCUUACAAGGAGCAGCCAAACCUGCGGCAGAACCUGUUCUUAACAAUAUGGACUCUCCUUCUACGGUUCCACGCCCACAAUACAUCCACAUGAACGUUCCCCAGCAUUUGCAAAACUUUUACGCUGGAAUGGGUCAAAUGCCCCAGUUCUUUCCACCCUCAAAUGGAUUCAUGCCCAUGCAUCAGUUCCGCCCACCUCAAGUCAACGGUGGGUACUUUGCUAACCAGGGCCAACACAUGCCGCUUCCUCCACUUCAGCAAGUUCCACAGAUAUCUCCAGCUCAGCAAUUCCCUCACUCUCCUCAGCCCGCUUCAACACCAACUAAUAGCACAAACUCUAAGGAGCUUCUUUCUGUUUUGAAGGGUGGACCUUUGAAGAAAGAACCGGAGCCUAAGAAUACUAGAGCAGGUGAGUUUCUUCAGAUGCUCAGCAAGAAGCCUGAGAGUUCUUCCUCAAAACCUGAGGCGCCACCAAAGAUCAUUCUCAAGAGAGAAAAGGGCACUCUGGAGAGCGAUGCCUCGGCCACGCUUUUAGGACUUUUGGGCAAGAAGCCUUCCACGGCCCCAAGAGAGGAGAAGGAGGAAACGCAGAAGAAGGAAGACGGACAUGUUGUAUCUCCAAGACCACAGACGUCAUCCACAGCCUCAGCAGAGCUUCUAGGCUUAAUCAAUGGCGGUAAGUCUCAGGUCAGCAAACCAAGUCCCUCAAUUUUUGAGGAGAAGAACGACUCUUCUAAAGAGUUACUAGGCAUUCUUAAGAGGGCCCCAGUGGAGAGAAAGCCCAUUGUGGAAGAGAUAGAGGGUCGCUCCUUGGCCAACCCAGGCGAGUUCUUGAAAGUUCUCAAUGGUCAAAAAUCUCAUGAAGAUAAGCAGGCAUCUGGUGAGUUACUUAGUAUUUUAAAUCAGCCAAAGAAGCCUGUACGCAUUGCAAAGAGAGAGGGUGGCACUCCGGACCUCAGAAGUGUCUUAGGGGAAAGUGGAUCAAGCACUCCAGGUGGGGAAUCGAAUGCAAGCUUUGCCAAUCUGAUCUUAAGCACGUUGAACAGAAAAUCCACGACGCCGCAAUCAAAGCCAGUCAUUAAACCUACCCCACCACCAGAAGAUUUCGAGGAGUUUGAAAACUUCGAAGACUUUGAUGAUUUUGAUGAAAUCAGUGCAUCGCGGAACGACAUUUACAAUAGCAUCGCCAACACCUUCGACGUUGAUUCUGACGACGAAUUUGAGGAUGCAAAUGCUCCUCAACCUGAAGUGGCUCCAAUUUCGCCGCCAGUCAACCAUUCCAACGCACAGGGAAACCAUUUGUUACUGCUUCUCAACGGAGGAAAACCUCCAACUACAAAUUAUCAGGAGACUUAUGGAGCUCCCAACCCAAGUGCAAGCCAGGUAAACAAACCCUCUGCAUUCCCAUCAGGUAAUGGAGCGGAUUUCCUCAAGGUUUUAGGACGCCGUCCCCCAACAGGUGACUCCACAUCUAGUGGAGAUGGACGCAAUGAGCUCCUAAGCAUCUUGAAGGGCGGCCGCUCUUGA